AUGUGGGUCAGCUGCAUUUUGGGAUUGUUUUCAACAUGUCUGCGCUCUGUAGCGGCAGUAUUAAAUCUCUGUCUCGAAGAAAAAAUAUCGUUUGGCCCUUUUGUAAAUACAUUUACAACAUGAAUCACCAAGCCAGUGGUGGUGUUGAAUUUCUUCGUAGAGGAAAUAACAAUUGUUUGGCGUAUCGAUGGACUAAGCGUAGCGCCCCAAGACCCAGAGUCAGUGAUUGCGAAGCUGACCAACGACAGGACGAUCACCACGGAGAAGUUAGGCCUAGCGAUGUGGGCCAUUUUAAUGCGAAUGGAAUUAUGUUUCUCCCAGGUUUCUUGUCUAAUAUGAAUGGUGGAAAAGCCCUGGCCCUUGAGCAGUUCUGUAAACAAUCAAAUUAUGAAUUUACAAGAUUUGAUUACCAAGGAUGUGGAGAAUCAAAAGGCGAGAUUAAUAUGAACGGUACUGUCUUCGAUGUCUGGAAAGAUGAUGCCCUAGCUGUUCUGGAUAACCUUACCACCGGUCCACAAGUGUUGGUUGGAUCGAGUAUGGGCGGUGCAAUAAUGUUGUUAUUGGCUCUUGAAAGACCGGAACGUGUGCAUAGUCUUGUUGGCAUAGCAACACCCAAUUAUGACAAGCCAUUUGAGAUACAAAGUACAAGUCAGGCUGAUGGCAAUACAAAAACCAAAACCUCAUUCGAUUAUAUCGGCCAACAAAAUCGAGAUAUAUUGGCCAGCAAAUCGUUGGCAAUCCAGAGGCCACUGCGGUUUAUCCACGGCAUGCAAGACGAUGUUGUGGGAUAUGAAUCUGCACUGGAGCUAGCAAAUAAGGUUGAAAGUGAAGAUGUUCAGGUGAUCCUCCAAAAAUCUGGCAGCCAUCGGAUGUCGACACCAGAAGGCCUGCAACUUAUGCUGAAGACAGUCCAGGAUCUCCUUAGGAUAAAUUCACGUUUAUGAGAUCACAUGAAGUCUCGUUUGUACAUAAAAGUUGUAAGCAGUAUUAUGGACAGUGGUUUUAGCCGAAAUUCGACCAUAUGUUGCCCAGCAAAUAUCAAGAUGUAAAACAUACAAAUUUUAUAAUUUAUGUGUUUGAACUUUAUGAUGACAAUGAUGUUGAUGAUGAUGAGGACGAGGAUGAUGAUGGUGAUGGCGAUGAUGAAGGUGAUGAUGAUGAUUAUGAUGACGACGACGACGACGAUGAUGACGACGACGACGAAGACGUCGACGAUGAUGAUGAUGAUGAUAAAUGAUGAUUUAAAUUUAAAUUCCUUGAUCCGCCGCUGAUGGGGAUGAUCAUGUUAAUGAUGGUGAUAUCAUCGCAAAAUGGUGAUAAGAGUUAGUUAUGACGAGGAAGAUGAAGAUAAUGAUAACAAUAAUUUAAAAAUAGAUGCUUUAGGUUCAUAUUGCUAAUAUCUAUCGCCAGAGUAAGUACAGCAACAUUCUGUUAACAUAUAUUUAAUAAAUUAUCCUAAACUUUA